AAAACCAGAGAGCAGCAGCAGCAGCAGCGAGGAGGCAGGAGUUCAAAGUUAGCAACGGGUUGCACAACUUCGACGCUGGGUGACUAUUAACAGGCGGAAAGUGCGGCGGGCGGAGGAGCUGCCCCAGGGAGACGCGGGUGGAUGCCGCCUGCCUCGCUUCGGGUCCGGCCAUGGCUCCCUUCGGAAGGAACCUCUUAAAGACCCGCCACAAGAACAGGUAAAGGUCACCUGAAAAAGUGAUGGGCUCCAGCGAGCGAGAAAUAGUAGUUUGGGUUUGCCAGGAUGAGAAAAUUGUCAGUGGGCUGACCAAGCGCACAACUUGCCUUCAAGUAAUUGAAGCUUUGCUUGAAGAACAUCAAGCUACCUUUGCAGAAAAGAAGUUUCUCUUUGGUCAGCCCAAGGAUUACUGUAUUGUAGAAAAAUGGAGAGGGUCCGAACGGGUCCUUCCGCCUCUCACCAAAAUGCUGAGACUUUGGAAAGCCUGGGGGGAAGAGCAGCCGAAUUUGCAAUUUGUCUUCGUCAAGGCCGAUGCUUUCUCCCCAUUCCCAUUGUGGAAGACAGCUGAAGCUAAGAUAGUACCAAACCUAGAAAGACAAUUGGACCUCAGCCCAGCCAAUUACAUGAAGAUGUUGCCAGUGGACAAGCAAAAGAGAAUUGUUAGGAAAACCUUUCGAAAGCUGGCUAAACUGAAACAGGAAGGAGUUCUGCAAGAGAGGGACAACAUAGAAACCCUGAUUCAUUUGAUUCUCUCUCAAGAUCAUACCAUUCACCAACAAAUCAGCCGCAUGAAGGAACUCGAUUUAGAAAUUGAACAGUGUGAAGCCAAGUGUCACCUAAAUCGGCUUGAAAGCGAUGGGGAAAAUUAUGUUCAGGACUCUUACCUAAUGGCCACUCCUAGUGAUGUAGAACAUCAAAGGAACAUGUCCUGCACCCAUCCACAGAUGCAGGAAAGCCCAUGCAAAGGUGAGGGUAUUUUACAAGUGGAGGAAGGGCUAAAACACCACAAGCUGUUGAUUGAAAAGCUUUCUGCAGAAAUUGAGAAAGAGGUUAAAGAAUUUGAAAAAAUUGGAAACACGUGGACAGAGGAGGCCUGUAAUAAUGACAUGGAGAAUCAUGAUGCUGGCAGUGUCAAGAAUGAACUGGAAAAAAGUAUGAAAGACGCUUUAAGGAUCCAUUCACAAAUGAAUUACAUCCAGCAGGAACUAAAGUACAGGGACUUGAUGUUUCAAAAGAAGGAAAGAGAGUAUGAACAACUUGUGGACGAACUUAAUGUUUUCCAUGUUAAAGAUAAAACUGAAUGCAGGUACUCACCCAGUGAGGAACAAGCAAAGGACAAUGAAAUGGCCACCAAGAGUUUUACAGGAACAGACCUUCUUCACAAAGUGACUAAUUUAGACAUAAAUGAUACAGACUCUGACACUGGGAUCAGUUCUACUCAUAGUCAGGAUUCAGAAACGGCAAUCGGAGACAUGUUGUUGCUGUCCACAUAGCUAUAGACUUUCUUUUCCUGAAAACAUAUCAAUUCCCUGGAGAGAUAUGGUUAUGUAUGUAGAUAAAGUGAUAUCUCUUUGUGGGCCAUAUUGUCAGAGUAUGAGCUUCCAAGAUAGAAAACAUGUAUACUAGAACUCUGAAACAGAGGUGAUGCAAUAAUAUACCCGUAUUUACUAGAGUCUAAUGUGCCUUCUAAUCUAAUGCUCAGCUAAAUUUUCAAAACCCUGAAACCCAAAAAAGUAUUUAUUGUAUUAAGCAAAUCUAAUACAUACCCUAAUUUGGGGAAGAUAAUUUAGUCAAAAAGUAGAGCAUUAGAUUCAAGUAAAUACUGUAGUUAUGUUGGUAUAUUAAUAGCUUAUUUAGAUCAGAGGUGGGUAUUGUGCAGGCCUUCAACUGUUGUUCACAUGAAACUCACAAUUCCUCACUACUGACUAUGACAGAUAGGGCUACUAUUAUAGUUUAAGUUGAACAAUUUCUGGAGGGUCGCUGCAUGACCAUUCCUGGUGUAGAUGUAGAGCAUUUGAAAUGCAUUUGAUAAACAAAACACUAGCCAGACCAUGGUGGUCAUGAAAUAGAAAUUCCCUAUAUAAAAUCAUCUCCCAAAGUAUUUUGUAGUAGUACCAGUUCUCUCAGCAGUAUUGCUCCUCCUCCUUUUAUAAACUAUUCCAUUGCCAGUGCAGUGGAUGUUAAUAGAUAAGGGCAUGACAACCUUUCUUACUCCAUAAUCUGAAAGUUCAGUGUGGAGAACAAAAAGUAGCAAUGUGGAUAACAAAAAAUUGAGGACAUUUUGUUACACAUUUUAUAACCAGUUCAUUGUGAAUAUUUAUGAUGCAUAUUUAACUAUCACAUUAGUGCAAAACAGUGAUUGUGACUAGGACUAGCAGUAGGAGCAGGAUGGAAGAAUCUUUCCCCUUUUAAAACAAUCAGCGACUUCCUAUGUAACUCGGAGAUACAAAACAAUUCUGAAACAUUGCAACACUUCUGAGAAACAGUGCCACUUUCUGAACUCUUUUUGCCAGAACUCUAAUUGAAUUAUUUGCUUCUAUAAAAUUGAAUUUUAUUUCUCUGUAAUGGCCCUUCCAAACAGACCCAAAACGUAGGACCUGUCUUGCUUUUACCUGAGGAGUCCAAACGACGCCUCAGGUAAAACUGAACGAAUGCAGGGAAAACUGUGGUCUCCCAGUUUGCUCCACAUUAAUUAAACACCUGGAAAGAUUCGGAACUUAACCUAAGGUCCGAAUCUUUCGAAGUGUGGGCCCUGUGGGGAUUGACUCCCGGAACCUCAUUCUGUGAUCCCAGGGAUCAAUCUCCACAGCCUUGUUCUGUGAUCCCAGGGGUCAAUCUCCACAGCCAUCUAGAAGGAGUGGGAGGGCAGCCACCCACUCCCCAGCCCCCCAUUCCGCCCCCCAAAAACUUAUCCCACGGUCUGCAGGCAAUGCAGGCCCCUCUAUACAGUCCUCCUGACACUUGAAAAUGAGGGAUUUCCAUCCUCUCCAAUUCCUGAUGUGUCAUUUUCAAGCAUCAGGAGUAUUCUCGUGAGGGGCUUGCAUUGCUGCCAGGUCCCCUUGGGUAAGUGUGUGUGUGGGGGGGGGAGAGAAUGGGGGGCUGUGGGAUGGCAUUUAACCACCCCUGAGGGAAACACCAGAGUUGUGAGAGGGGGUGGGGAGUGAAACCCAGGAGGUUCUUCCUGGGGUUUAGGUAAGUGUAGAAGGGCCAUAAGUGUGAUACACAUUUUGCAGAAGAGCAACAUUUUCUCAGUUUUUGAGUGCAUGGAAAAUUGGACUUUAUUUUACAGUGCCAUGAGAAUGGAUGACAAUCUGAUGGUGUCACUUUUUGUAAAGUUUCUAUGUAUACAUAAUAAUAACUAAACAAGAACAGUUGAAUUAACUCCUGAAUGUUUCUGAUUGGCCUGUCAGAUUGGAAGACACAGCCCAUCAAGCCAUAGGCAUGUGGUUAUGAAACAUGGUUGCCCUAUUUGGAUAACACAGAGAGGCUGCUUUUAGAAAACAAAUAAAUGGCAGCAUUUAAGACUUCAUAAAGAGAAGUAUAGUUUUUGCUUUUGAGAUUUCUUCUUCCUUACCAUAUGAUUUGGUAUUUUUUUCUCUCCCGUGUUAAAUUGACUGCCAUGUUUUUUAAACAAAAAACUUUAAAUAUGACAUGGAAAUACUUUUUCCUGAAUUUUUAAAGCUACUUUUAUAAUAAAAUAAUAAUAAUAAAACUUUAUUUAUAUUCUGCCCUGUCUCCCCAGAGGGACUCAGGGCGGAUUAUAUGUUAUAAAGAGAUUUUUCCAUACAGAUGUUUCUAUCGACUGCUGCAUUUAAAAAAAUGUGGCUGCAUCAUUUGACAUAUUGAAUGCUUUUCUAAUUACUGAGCUCUCUAACCUACUGGUUCCUAGUGGAAACCUGAAUGAAUAGCGGACAAGCUAUCAUAGAUGUGUAAUAAUUUAUUAAUACUUUUGAACAUAUUUUUAUACUUUGUCUGAUAUGUGGUAUAAUUGUCAAAUCUCUCAUGUUAAAAAAUAGGCUAUCAUUAUUUAGUUGUUUGAAGUAUCCCCAUGGUUCACAUAUUAUUUUAAAAGAUCAUUUUCAGGUGUUCAGUACUAUACAAAUUGCAAAUUGGUAGUACCUCUGAAGUAUCAUUGAGAUGUGAAUGAGAAUUAAAUUAGAGAAUAAAUUUGUGGAUUUCUUAGGUUGAAUAAAUUUCAGGUGCACAUUAGGCCUGAUUUCUCCCUCUGCAAUUGUUACGGUUAAUGCUUUCUUAAUCACAAUGAUGUAGAAUGCAAGCUGUGGGGCAUUUCUCCAGUUUGUGCCCUAUUGAAACAAAUCAGCCCUAUUGAAACAAAGUGCUCAUCCAUUGUUCUCAUUCAUUUUAAUAAGAAAGUGAGUUCUACUGAAUUUAAAACCCUUCUUCGGUUUUCAGACUUGGCAUGUAACUUGAUCAUGCUGAAUUGCAUUAGUCUUAGUAGUAGCUAACACACAGUAUUGUACUCUUAAUAUAAGACAUUAAGUGAAAGUAAAUUCUAUCGAAAUCUGACCACAUAAUCUUCUUUGCCAACAAGUCAAGCAUAUGUCGCAUGAUCCAUAUGCACAUGGAAGUUUCAAAGUUUUGAGUUAAGAAAAUAACUUUUAUGAAUGAGAUGAAGGAAAGGUUUGAGAGUUCAUUAUUUUCACAUGUGUGGUACUGCUCACAGAGUAGAGAAAUACUUUCAGCUAUUAUGAUUUGGCAAGUUUGCAGAAGUAAGUAGAGACAUGGUUACCAUUCCACCUAAGGCUAGUUGCUUAAGACCCAUUGAAAUCUCAGAUCUAGCUGUGACUAACUUGCCCAGUUUUAUUUCAUUAGUAAUUAAGUACAAGUAAUAUAAAUUGGUUUGGGGCCAAAGGCUGCAACUUGUUCAUUAAUAUUAAUUGUGGUUGUCUGUGUUCUGUUGUAACAUGUACACAAUCAUUCAUUAACUUUAUCACGAUGUAUCCCCAUACUAAGAUGUUUAAAUUAGACAGUUUAUGAUCAUUGACGUAUCAUCCAAUAACGCUUUAUUACCUGGACUACUGCCUCAAAAUUGAAUUCAUUUUAAGUUGCAUCAAAAUGUACAUGAUCAGUAACUCAAGUUGUGCUGUACACAAUUUUCAAAAUAAAGUGAAUUUGCACAAAUAA